AUGAUGUCUGUACACAAGCCCCAUAUUACCUGUAUUAUAGUAAUAAUAUUGACUGUGUUGUUAAUCAAUGUCAAUGUAUCGAACGCCGUCAAGAUUGAGUCUGCCACAAUGACUCAUAGAACUACAAAUGUGGUCGGAGUGGAGAUGGAGUACGCUCUGAUGGACAUCACUUUUGACAAGGAUGUCUACAUCUAUGACUCGGUCGCAUGUCCCAACUACACAUGUCCAACAGCCACCAUUGACUGCACUUGUGACUACACCGACCCCAAGGCAUGCCCCAAGACUGGAUCGGGAGAUCCCUCCUGUCCGCCAUGUCCAGCGACCAGCGUGUCUGGCAAGCCAAUGUGUGACUUUUCCCAAAACCCCUGGGUCACACUGAUUGCCAACCAGGCCCAAGUCCUCUCCAAUCUCACUGAUCCCGUAUACAUCAGAUACAAAGCUGCCACCAACUAUUGUGAAGCUCUCAGGCUCUAUGUAUCACAGGACCAAGGAGGAGUUGAGAUAAGAUUGAAUACGAUCGAGCAAAACACUCAGUCUUAUGGCAGGAUCAUUGGUUAUGGCAAUGUGGAUGUAAUCAACUUUAUGAACAUCUGUCCGACUGACAAUGCGUAUGCCCCGGACUGGACAAACAACACCUACUUCAUCAAGAUCAUCCCAACGAGUGUGCCUGCCACCAUAUCGGUUGUGUUGCUGUCUGGUCCAAUCUCCAAGCCUGAGCCUACGGCGCCCAAGUGCAACAACCUCACCGAGACGCACCAGUGCGUGAAUGACGGCGACCAAGUGGCCAAGGAGAUCACUGAGUACUAUGACUCUGGUCACUACACCUACAGCGUGAACCAACCCCAGACCUUGACCAUCUCCUGUCCCACCCUACAGCAGGACAUUGACUUUUACGUGUCGCUCAAUCCAAAUGACCCCUUCCCUUCCAAUGAGAGCAGUGACUAUGCUCAGUUCCUGCCAGGUGACGAUGAGCUCACGCUCACUCUGGCGCCACACGCCGAUGGCUCGCCACUGGUGUUGUACGUGACGAUCAUGCCGUACUACCCAUCCAACUACUCGUGCGUCUUCACUACAACCGCCACAAGAUUCAAACGUUCAAUUGCUGACAACUUUGGCCGCGGUGGCUCGCUCCUGAUGAUGGGCACCUCCGACCUCACCGUCAGCGGCACUCGCUACCAGUGUCUCAACUGGGGCAAUGCAAACCCGUACACAGCACUGUUCCCGCGCACUCACAACAACCCACUAUGGCCUGUGCCCUACUUACUCAGCACUUCUUCGCUGUUCAACAACAUCAACUUCUUUGAUGGCAUGGUGUUUGAAGAGCCGUCCAACCUUCCCAAGGCACGCACCUACCAGGCUGCCUACCUGCUGUCGUACAGCUUCUACGGCACGGACAAGACUGUGCUGGGCACGAUCGAGGAGUUGGAGCAGGCUCAGCUCGGAUUCAAGAACAUCUUGGUGGAUAUAGAUGGCCUGCCUGUUACCGGACCAGUCACAUUCACCUUGGUGAACGCCACAUGUAACUACACCGACUACCAGACCGUUCUGACAGAGAUCACCGACAUUGAGGAGACUAUAUUUGCAUCGAUGGAUUACUCUGAGGUGUCAACACUACGCUACAAACUGGACACCUAUACCUUGCGUGAUGGAUGGUAUGGCUGCUACUCCCAGGCCACUGAACUGCUCACAGUCGACACGGUCGACACCAUCCAAUCAUCAACCAUCUGUCCCUACCAAGUUGGUGACCCACUCUUCAACGUUGAUCCAUGUUGCAACACAUCCAACGCCUUCAUGAAGUGCUGUGCGCCACGUAACAUCACCGUCCCAGUCAAGUCAUUCGUUGGACUUAAGAACAACAUGGUCAAGCAACAAUGUUCUAGCUAUGAUUGCACAUUGUCUGUGCUCGACGAGUACCAUCAUACAUUGGGUGGCAUCGAGACUGGAGAGUGCAGCAUCUCUGAUGAUCAGUACAAGUCAAUCAGAGCAAGCUUUGCCGAGGUCUUUAGGAGCUGUAAGAAGGUCUAUGACAAGGUGCCUUGUAGCAACGAUGCUCAAUGUGGUGGCAACCUUUGCAACUUGUACACGCGUACUUGCGAGCCCACUCUGGAGGUCCAGGACAAGUCCUACAUCAAUUGCAUCGUCAAUCAAUCAUUGCCAUCAACUCUCUACUUCCUCAAGUACCAGGUUGGUCUACAGAACGUCACGGAUAACAGUCUGUUGGUGGACCUGUUGUACACUUCAUUCCUCAAGGACGACUGCGCUUCAUACACUGGACUCGACUUUAGAACAACAUACUCCUACGACACGGCCAACCCUGGUGCCAAAGUCUUCUACCCAUCGCCAAAGUGCCUGGACCAGUACUGCGUCAUUCCUCACGACUUCAAAUAUGAGGGCAUAUAUGCAGGCUUCCAGUUCCUGCCCACAACUAGCACACAGGCAGCCUGCGCUGCCAACGCCAUUUGUCCAUCGACCCACUGCACAUCCCAGACACCAGGUUGCAUCACAAGCUGCCCAACCACAGGCUUCUGUGGCCAUUGCUCGCACAAUCAAUCAAUGUGCCACACAUUCGCAGGUCUGACUUCUGACACCACAUGUGGCGAAUCAAAUAACGUAUGUUUGUUGCCAAAUGGCCAGUCUGUCCCUGGCUUGACCGACCAGGAGUGUGCCAAUCGUGGAAGCUGCAGCAAGCCUUGUGGAAUGACUUGCACUGGAUCAUACACUGGAUGUGUUGUCGCCACUGCCCAAUCACAAGACACAUGCAACGGUAUAAGCGGUGCAGUAUGGCAUGUCGGUACUCAGUUCUGCUCGACCAGUGACACUGUGACUCAGUGCCAUGACAAUGGUUACACCUGGGUCAACUGUUCGACAAUGGACUCCUCAUCAUGCUUUAGCCGUGUAGGACAGUUCGCUAAUCAAACAGAGAACAUAUGCAAGGCCACUCCAGUAGAGUGUCAGACAAGAGAGCAGUGCGAGACUCAAAGUGGCCAGUGCUCAGACUCAUACUACUUUGACCCAAGUACCGUGAAGAACUACCCGGCUGGCUUUGGCAAGUGUGUACAUGGCCAUCACAUCUACUUCAGCUACAUUGUGACACCAACUUGCAAUCAGACAGAGCACGACUCGCCCAAGGGUUGUUACUCACUCAAACCCAAGUCAUAUAAUGUUGACGAGUGCAAGGCAAUGGGUGACGACUACUCAUGGUGGACUCAGGCCACGACCAAGGACGCCUGCCUUCAGCCAAAGGGCUGUCUGGUCCCAGACUCCACACCUAGUGCCUUUGACAACCAGUUCCGUUUCAACGAGAUGUCCAUGGAGGAGUGUGGCCUUUGCACCAAUCAAUGGACCAACAUGUUCCAGUGGACCCAAGGACAAUGGUUGCCCGGUGUCCCUGUAAAGCCCAAGUGGAUCCCUGUCAGUGGCCCUGUCACUGUCUCUAGCUGGCGCCCUGUUUUCGACUUCCAAUCAUUCUCUGUCCAGUUUGGUCAGGCCUUCUAUGGUUACCUUGUUGACCUGUUGCGUUCGUCUGCCAUGUGUAGAAUGGAGCGUCUACAGAACAACCUUCAAUCAAUCUCUUGCAGCUGCUCUGGCCCAGGCGGCUCACAAUGUUUCUCGUCGUCGGCCCUGAUGAUUGGAUCGACCAGCGCAUGCGCCAUGCAGUCAUCCAACUUCACGUUUGCCUUUGGCGCGCUAUCCUUCACUCCCUACUCCGUGCCAAUCUCCUGCGUCAAUGUGAUCGUGUCACAUCUCAGCAAGCAGCAGUACAAGGCCACAUCAUACCAAUCUCUCAGCUCCAACUUUGUCUCGUAUAAGAAGCCAGACAACUUUGGCAUCCUCAACGAGCGUGGCGCAGUUAUUGGUUCGAUCCUGAACGAUGGCAUCAAGAUCCAAGCACGCGGAGUCAACUCGCUCACAGUGUGUCUGCUUGGUGGCAGCACAACCUCUGAGUUCCCAGUGUUUGACUUUGCCGAACAGAAUGAGAACAAGUCCAGCCUGCUCACACCACUCAACCUCAAGCAAAUCGUGACCGUGGCCAACCCAGACCCAUCGCAGCCGUCAUUUAUCUGCGCCAACAUCACCUUGUCAUCACACGAGCCAACAUACUUCCCCAUCAUCCGUGUAUCCAACAACGACUGGAAGUCCAACAAGCGUGAGGUCUUUGACAAGACUGCCACUGCCUUGCUCUACACACUUGGAUGCCUUUUUGGAAUCAACGCACUAUGGGGUAUCUUCCAACUCACAAUGGUGCUGUACACUAAAUGCACGCAGCCCAACUCGAGCUUCAAGUUGGUCCAGUUGCUCAUCCUCACAGUGACUGUGUUUAUCACUAUCCGUGCAGUGUACUUCUUCAUCCUGCCGUCUGGCAAACUGUCCGAGUCACAGGUGGCCGACUACAUUCUUGUCGUACUGCCGACAUUUAUCUACUUCACAGCGUUCACCGUCAUCAUUGUGAUCUGGUACAUCAUAGUCAGCUCAAAGAUCCACAUCAACUUCUUCUCGCGAUUCAAUCAACUGGUUGGCAUAAUCAAUGUGGUUCUCUACGUCCUGUUCAUCAUCAUUGUGUUGGUAUUCAACUAUACCAAGCUUAUCUUGGAGAAUGACUGUGGCGCAAGACGUGUCAUCGAAGUGUCCAGCACAACACCUCAACGCAUCGUCUCAAUCUUCUACGCCACGGUACAAGCAGUCAUCUCACUACUUAUUGGUGCGGCCUUUGUCUAUCUUGGAGUGUCCAUCCAUAUGUUGAUGAAGGUGCGUCGCAAUAUGACUGAUCGUGCCGAGUCCAAGUUUGCUCAACAACAAAAGAUCUUCUUGGUGACCGCCACAUGUUCAGUCGGCUUCGUACUACAUUGUGCAUUCGUCUUGGUAUUGGUAGGCGCAGAGCCAUCCAAUGUAAUAUUCAGUUUCAUUGGACUGAUUGUAACAGAGAUCAUACCAACAAUGAGCAUCCUCUACGCAUACAACCAAGGACAUCUAUCCGUUUUACGUUGGUCCACUAGCAGUGGUAGCAACAGUCUACAGAACGUCACGCCAAGUUUCCAACAUAAUGAAAUGAGUGCCACUACUGCCGGAGCAACCAAUGCCAACUCCCUAUCAAGAUAG